CAAGGCCUAUCCCAUUCUAUCAGUAAUCAUAUUUCUGCGUGAAUAAUGGCUAUACACCGUCUCAUCCCACUGAAAAAUCACCCCGGCAAGAUAUCAGACUACGACUCGAAGCCCGAAGGAGACCGACCCGUUCCAGCCGCCCGAGGAACCCUCGCCGACUCCUUCAUCCCCCUGUACCUUCAAGUGUCCAGCAUCAGGGGGAUAGCAAAACAAAGUCCAUCUACGGACCUAUCCCAGCUUUGAAUAAUUCCAAACAUCUGUAGAUAUGAAUAGAGAACAAGUGCCGUAUACCACGUACCACUCAUCGCUCGGUAGACGUCCGUCUCCGAAUGCAGGUCGGACGGAUCACCCAGUGCGUCAUCCACCGAUGGAAAGGUUACAUUGGCUUCUUCGACGUAAUAGCGGCAGAG